UCUGCCGUUAAGUUUUUUCGUUUUCGUUUAGUUGUUUACUCAAAAUCAUGUAAAAGAAGUCGUCAGAUCUUCGAUUCGAGUGGUUUUUCUAGUUCACCAAUUAGGGUUCUAUUGUUUUAAAAAGCAAACGUUUUUAGUUAAUUUCUACACAUAUAUCUGUUCUGUUCUGUUUAAUUUGGGUAUAUUACGGAAACGAUUGAAGAAUGACCCAAGAUUACUUCUUGGUUCCAAAUGGCCAUCGGAGGCGCAUCAGGCGCUCCAUCAGUUGUGGGAACGAUAGGGACGACAGAGGCUGGACUAUGCUUCAUGUUGGCGCUCGGAAAGGGGAUCUUAAAGAGGUUAAAAGGCUUCUUGACGAAGGAAUGGAUGCAAAUGUUGCAGCAUUAGGCCCCAAAUCGCAUGGGGUAACCCCUCUUCAUCUUGCUGCAAAAGGUGGUCAUGUAAAGGUUAUGGAUGAGCUCCUUGAACGUGGUGCUAAUAUUGAUGCAAGAACCAAAGGCGCAUGUGGCUGGACUCCACUACACACUGCAGCAAAAGAGAAAAACAGAAAGGCGAUAACAUUUCUGAUUGAAAAUGGUGCAUUCUUGCCUGAUAACAUGGAGGAUACGAGGUUUAAUCCACCAGUGCACUACUGCCAUGGUCUGGAAUGGGCUUAUGAUGAGAUGAAACGUGUUCAACAAGAAAGUGGCUCAGGCUCAUCAUCAGGAGAAGGGGAGGGCUCAUACAGCUCUGAAAGCUAA